AAAAUGACAAAGCGCGGUAGGAAUCAUCCACUCAUUUCGUUGUAUUGAGAGAUCGCCCUAAUGCUUUUUCAGAGUUGUAUUAGCUUAAGAACGCAAUGGAUAUGUUUUCCUAGUGGUUGCGUUGAAAACUUUGCAAAUUUUAUGCCAAAGCCAGCGUGCUCUCUCCCCCCUUCGAUAAGGGCACGGCCAGGCAAUACGGCGAAAUUUUCAGUUACUCCAAGAAAGUAACCUACCAAAUCAAAUUGGAAAGGUGACACAAACUCACCCAACCAACCAUGCCACCAAAAUCCACAAACAACCCUCGGCGCCCUGCCGCCGCCGCCUCCUCCGCCUCGCGCCGCGCCGCCAUUCCCGUCGACAGCGCUUCACAUACACCUACACCCGCAGCUACAAACACAGACCCAACCAACCCCCCCAUAGACCCUAACCUCACCGCACCUCGCUCCCGAACCGCCCCAUCCACUUCUACCUCCGCCAUAACCACCAGCGGCUCCCCACCCCGCCCCGGCGUCCAGAGACUCCAAUCCCUCAAAAAACGCACCCCGAGUGGCUCCUUAAUCCCGCUAAACCUAGAUGGCACGACGCCCAAACCGACCCUGCGCUACCAGCCGCGCGCGGUAGUGCGGAAGAGUAAAGCGGAACGCGAGGCGUUGGAGCGUCUGGAGGCGGAGAGACAGCAGGAGAGGCUAAAGGAGGCGGCUGCGUUGAGGAGGGGGGAGGUUGCGGGGAGGGGUGGGGAUCGAGGAACUAGAGGCAGGGGAAGAGGGAGGGGGAAGGGGAUGUUUGGGGGAGGUGAAGUUUCGGGGCCAUUGGGGUCUGGAAUGUCGAUGCGGAGUCGUGGGGGUGGUGGGUUUGGGGCGGCGGGGAAGGGGAAGGGGAAGUAUGGAUAUGGACAUGGGGGUAGAUCGGGUGGGGGGAGGGUGCAUGGGCUUGUCCGGGCGAAAAGUGAAGAUGGGGCUGGCGGGGUAAGCAGCCGUGGUGGGAGUGGGGAUGUUUCGUCGGAUGAGGGGAGUGAUGGGGGCCCGCGGUUUAGUAUCGAGCAGAUUAAUAUUAUUAGUGAUUAUGAGGAUGACGAGGAGGAGGAGGAGUUUGAGGAAGGGAAGGGGAAAGGGAAGAUGCCGUCCAGGGCGUCUGGGGCCGAUCGUGCUGGGAGGGGACUGAGGCCGGUUCGGGUUGAGAGACAGGAGCAUCAGGAGAGAUCGAUCGGAAUUAAUACGGAUGCUAGCUCGGAGAGGUCUGCAGAGUUGAGAAGGCAAGCAAAGGCAAAAGCGAAGGAAAAGCAGGGGGAGGAUGAGAGUUUGUUCGUUCAGGACAGUGAGGAAGAUAUUGAUGGUGGUAGUGAGAGUGAAGGUGACGAGGCGGUCGAGGUAACUACGGAGAAAUUUGUCGGUGGUACAUUGUAUGGAGGAGUGAAAAUCAAGGAGGAGCCUACGGAUGACGGAGAUGUGCUUAUGACUGAAUCUAUAUCCCAGGCCAUGGACAGCAGCCCUGCGACGGCUGACGCUGGGCCUGCAACACCAGCUGUCCCGAAGCCAAAAACAAAAAACAAAAGAGUUAUUAUCCAGGAUCCGCGGAGUAAACUGCAGACAGAGGAAGAACGGCAGGAAAAUGACCGCCACGAGGAGGAUAUAGAACAUAUCAAACAGGCCUUGGGGACAAUAACCACCGACGAUAAGCCGGCGGAAAGGUCACAAGGGGCAGAGCAGGAAGAUGAGACACAGGCAGUUGAAGCACCAAGGGAUGAACGUUCGGGGCGACUCUUCCUCAUUCAGUUUCCGCCCAUGACGCCCAACCUCGUCCCGCCGCCGCUUGCUGUAGAUGAGACGGACCAAGACGUGGUUGAAACCGGUGCACAGGCAACAACACAACAUCUUUCCAAUCCCGCCAUCAAGAGAGAACCUACCGACGAGCUUACCGUCCCAAAGCCCACCGUGAGUAGCGAUGGUAACGCUGCUUCCUCCCCCUUAAUCACGGCCACCCACUCCACCCUGCCCCCAGGUCGAGUAGGCAAGUUGAACAUCCACCAGUCCGGGCGGGCAACGAUAGACUGGGGCGGGAUCAGCUUUGAAUUAACCAAAGGGAGCGAUGUGGAGUUUUUGCAAGAUGCUAUUGUGGCAUCUGAGGAGAAGCCCCAGACCACAGAAGCCGGGGAGGCACAAUCAAAGGUUGAGUCGGAGGAAAAACGAGUAUGGGCGAUGUCGCAGGUUAGUGGGAAGUUUGUGGUGACGCCUGACUGGGAGGCGCUACUUGGGGUAUGAGUGACAACAUACAGUACAAUUGGAGUGAGGGAAGCUCUUGUUGUACAUUGCAUCUGGAUUUGGCGUUUCUCUUCGGCUUAAUGUGUGGUUUCGAGUGAGGAUUUAAGUCCCCUCCUAGAGCAUAUCAAGAAACCAAAGUCUACAUUCAUCAACGCUUUCAUAUACAUUUUAACUCAUAUGACUAAAUCUGAAUUAGCUAUCUCUAUCGUUGCUAUCUUAUAUAUAUCCGUCUCCCUUAUAUAUCCAUUACUCUUUGUUAUAAGAGAAAUCAAUGAUGUUGUAUUUCUUAAGAUGUCGCCUGAUGAAGGGUGUGUGAUGCAUGCCCUCCAAUUAAGAUUUAUGCACGAGCGAGUAGAACCUUGGUUUGAUGGUUUCUAGUGGUUUCCUAUUUUAACUUAAAACCAAUUACAGAGUAAGCCGAGGGAGCAGCG